CGUCUCCUCCAGAAGCCCCGCCCCGUCUGGUGGCCACUGCGAGAGAGAGAGAGAGAGAGAGGGGGGCGCCGCGCGAGCGACCCCACGCUUUCGUUUCCGGGUGACGCGACCUCGGCGGUGCCCCGCUUGGGUUUUGCUUCCGGCGCCGUCCCGAGUCGGGGGCCCGGCGGCGGCGGGGAGGGGCCGCCCCUGCGCAGCGGCUACCUGAGGACGGCGGUGAGGGACGAAGGGGGCGGCGGCGGCGGCGGCCCCGGUCAGGCCAGGCCAGGCCAGGCCAGGCGGCGGCGCGAAGGGGUCGGAGGCUGCGCCGAGCCAUGGAGCCGCGGCUGUGAGGAGCCCCCGGCCCGGGCCCCGCCUGUGGGAAACCGGGCCGUGGCCGGAGCCGGAGGACAUGGACAAAUUGACCAUCAUCUCAGGAUGCCUCUUUCUGGCCGCCGAUAUCUUCGCCAUCGCCAGCCUGGCCAACCCGGACUGGAUCAACACCGGCGAGUCCGCGGGUGCUCUCACCGUUGGCCUUGUGCGACAGUGUCAAACCAUCCAUGGACGUGACAGGACCUGCAUUCCUCCACGGCUGCCACCGGAGUGGAUCACGACUUUAUUUUUUAUCAUCAUGGGCAUCAUUUCACUGACUGUCACCUGUGGCUUGCUGGUGGCUUCCCACUGGCGACGGGAAGCGACGAAAUACGCACGCUGGAUAGCCUUCACUGGAAUGAUCCUUUUCUGUAUGGCAGCCUUAAUAUUCCCCAUAGGAUUUUACAUCAACGAAGUAGGAGGCCAACCGUAUAAACUUCCGAACAACACCGUGGUGGGCUCCUCUUACGUACUCUUCGUUUUAUCUAUUUUCUUUACGAUAGUGGGACUUCUGUUUGCUGGCAAAGUGUGCCUACCAGGCUGACGACCAUCUCCGUACUUUCUUUUUGUUUUUUUUUGUGGGGGAUGUAUGGUCACGAAGGAGAAUCGGACGUCGCCUGGCGCAUCCGCAGGAAGAUGCGAAGGUCAGGCCGCCGUCGCAGUCUUACCGGAAACGAGGAGGUUUCUUCUGUUCUCACUAUGCACUUUGGAUUUUUUUUUAAAGAAGAAAAACUUUUAUUAUUAUUAUUAUAAUUAUUCCUUUUUACGGAGAGUCUUUCCCCCCCCCCCCCUCAAUAACCAAAACCAAAACAACCGCGACUCAUCUCGUCAGCAUCUGGACGUGGUCGGGUGUGUGCACUGUGAUCAGACCUCAUGUGGAAGAAAUUUUUUUUCCUGCACUCUACAGCAUUUUUUCUUUUUUUCCUCCCCUUCCCUCCCCCUCCUGCCCCUCCCCCUCCUGCCCCUCCGACUCCUUCCGCAUCACCGUACUGUACCCCCACCCCCCCUUCGAAACGAUCUGACAAUAUUGAAAGUCUCAAAAAAGUAUUUAUGCACUUUGAUUGGACGGGCGUUUGCCAAGGGCGGGGCUGGGCCUCGCCCAACCUUUUAAGAGUUUUAGCAUCUUCCUUCUAUGAUAGGCAAGAAGCAUUUGCCAUCAAUCCUUCCCUCUCCCCUCCUCUCUCUCCCCCCCCGCCCCCGUGUUAAACACCCCCCCAUGCACACAAGUAAUCAAUCCCAACUUUAGUUGCAUCCUGAAGCCGGUAGAUCAAAAACACAUUUUUGGGGACUCUGUUACGAAGCUCCGUCUGCUCACCACCCUCGCUCACCACCUGUUACAACCCUUGCCGGUGACUCCAGGUGGGGCUGAGAAAUUCUUCCAUAUGUAUUUAUAUGUGUGUGCGUGCGUGUGUAUGUGUGAAUGCGUGUGUGUGUGUGUGUGUAUUUAUAUGUAUGAUGCAGUAUAUCGAAUGUCUAUGUAUGUCUUAUUCGCACACAAGCGUACAUGCCGACCGACACAAGCGAAACAAUGUGGUGAGCAACACUAGGGCUUGCAAAGGAGAAAGAAAGAAAGGGAAGGAAGAAAGGAAGGAAAGAAAGAGAAAAAGAAAGAACGAAAGCCAUUUCUUUGAAGUCCGCAUCGUUGAGAAAGUCUUCAGUAUACCUCAUUCGCUGUAGCAGCCCUUGCUUUUGAUAGGUUUUUAUGAUGGGUACCAACAACUCCAUGCCUUCCUCGGUACAAUGUUAAGUUAAGCUAAGAGGGUUGGUCCUUCUCCUCUUCCUUCUCCUGCUUUUCUUCAUCCUCCUCCUCCUCCUCAAUUUGAGUCUUGAUGGUCAAAGAUGAAAUCAUGUCUUCUUUUGGAAAGCUCUGACCCCCAGCGAUAGGACAUUCAACCCAACAAUUGAACGCAUCAUUUAAGCCAGGGGUCUCCAAUUUUGGCAACUUUAAGCCUAGAGGACUUCAACUCCCAGAAUUCUCUUUGCUGGCUAGGGAACUUCAACUCCCAGAAGUCCUCCAGGCUUAAAGUUGCCAAAGUUGGGGACCCCUGAUUUAAGCAGUGUGAAUCGUGGGAGCCUCUCCUCUUUUAGAGGUCUUGUUCUUUACAUCGUGGUGGGGUUUUGGCCCAGAUAAUCUGCCACGAGCAUCUCCGAUAGAGUUGACCCCAAGCAGCGCCCGAAAGCCACAGCAAAGCAGCGCCCGAGCCUUUUUCUCUCCCCCACCACCUACUUUGAAAGUAUUAACUCUUCGGUUGUUAUUCCACAAAAGGACAAGGUGAUUAUUAGAUAAUGCAGGUGUUUGGGUUUGUUUUUUUUAAAUGGCCUGUCUUGUUUUCAGGGAUCUUUGCAGGUCAUGUCUUUCUCGACAGAUUUGCCAUCAUGGGGGUAGAGCAUUCUGGCAGCCGAAGGAGACGUGUGCGUCCUGGCAGUGGCACCCUGGCUGAGGAUCCUCUCUUGUGGGUAGCACACAGGAAGCGCUAAAAGGAGGCGCUUCCAAGGCCUUGGUUUGCAAGCCCUUCUCGUUUAACCGAGUUUGUGGAUGACCACGAUCCCAUUUCUUAACCGGAAUAGGUGAUUUUUAAGUUGCCUUUUGUUGUCGGAGCAUAUUGUCUGUCCUUUCAGUUGGUAGAAGAAUUCCUCCCCCCUCCCCAAAACCUGCGAGUUUUCAUACUUUUUUAAUGGCUUUGUGAAAUCGUUUGGUUUAAGUUCAAGCAUUUUAACGUUUGCCGGGCGUUAGCAGUGACCUCCUGAAGACAUUUAUCACUGCAGACAGAACACCCACGUUCUGUAGAUGUCGGACUGUUUUUUAACAAAACAAAACAAAACAAAACAUGAAUUCUUAGUUUAAAUCACGGCUGCAAACGGGAGCAGGUUACCUUUUUGCAGGUCAAGAGCUAGGCCUAACAUUUAGGGCAGGGCUCUCCAACCUUGGCAACUUUUAAAGACUUGUGGACUUCAACUCCCAGAAUACCUCAGCCAGCAAAGCAAAGCUGGCUGAGGAAUUCUGGGAGUUGAAGUCCACAAGUCUUUAAAAGUUGUCAAGGUUGGAGACCCCUGAUUUAGGGGAGGGUAAAGGCCCACGGUGGUCAAGAUACAGCACAAAAAAAAAAAAAAAGGUUUCACAGGUGGACGGACAAGGCUGGGAUUUUUCUCUCUCGCCCCCCUUUUGUAAGGUUUGUGUCUGUAUGUGAGCCUUUGCUUGGUUCUGUUGGAUGGAAAUGAGGCCUUCGUGCUGCUUUCAGAGUUGGUGCCAUCGUCGUUUUCAUGUCUUUUUUCCCCCUGCCCUGGAAAACGCACCGCUAAUUGUCGGCAAUUCCCCCCCCGCCCCCCCCUUCCCUUUGGAACAGCCUUUUUUU